CCUCUCUACGCAUCCCCUCCCUUUUCUGUGCCCCAAGAUUUAUGACCCAUUCAGUUUGUUUUCAAACCACCUUAUUUAUUUGUCGGUUAUAUCCUUCCCCACACAUACUCUCCUGUUCAUUUUUCUCCUAUUCUCUCUCUCUCUCUCUCUCUUUUUCUCUUUCCUCCCUCGCUCUCUCCUUUCAUUCAUCCCUGUGACGUCUGAUUCAUCCAGUUCAUCAUCGCUCUCUCCCUCUUUCCUGAGAGGCAGGAUGGGAGGGGACAGAAGGAGAGAGAGAGAGUGGGAACUGCCCGGAGAUUGCCUGAAAAAGAGAGCGGGAGAGAGAGAGAGAGAGCAAGUGAUGGGUAGGAGGAGGCAGAGGUUUUUCUCCUCUUUGUUUUGUCUGAUCCGACACGAGCCACAGAACGUGUGGGCUUGACCGAGGACAGGCAUCUCUCCCAUGACGCUUCACCCUCAGCCUUCCCUUCUGUCUGUCUGCCUGCCUGGAGCUGAGGCUGGAGCUGGACUAGCUGUUGGCUAACGGAGAGGCUAGUGGCCCUGAGGAGAUCUGGAGGAGGAAAGGAGGGGCUGAGCUGAGCCAGUGGGCUCGCUCUCUGCCUCACAGACACRUUUUAUUGACUUGCUAAUUGCCUGAGACACUCGGAGGAGAGGAUGCAGUGAGGGAAGGAACCUACUGUACAUAUGAGUGUUACAGGCAAAGGAACAGAGAAACAGUGACUGUGUUCUGCCUAUCUGGCCACCAUCUCUGCUUCUCUUUGCUGGGGGAAUUACAACAGAUGUUUGCAGCCUGCCUUUCAUUGAUCCACGAUACGUACAUAYGUGAUUCAUGCAUGACAUUAGUGUGUCUUUGCCUCGUAUGCAGUCGGAAGGAGACUACCCACCCACMACACGCGUUUGCGACACGUGAAUGAUUUCUAUAUUUAUGUUUUUUCUUGUAUUUACCGUAAAUGUUUUUCCUCUGCUGGGUCAGCUAAAGCGGUUGUUUUCUGUGUUUGCUGUGUUGCCUGCUAUGUCUGGUUUGGCUUUACCACGGUACAUACCCUUUGGUGUCUGUGACGGUGCAAAAUAAAAAUAGAAACAAUUAUUUGUUAACCAGUCAAAUGUAAUGGGAAUAAGAAAAUAUGAAGAUUCUGAAGCGUACAAUGGAUAUUCUUCAAUGGAAAUGAAGAAUUAUCUGAGAAGCUUACAGACUGAAGACUGGCUUGAGGCAGUUCAUCUUGUGUGCUUUUGUGAAGUGGGGAGCUACGUAGUACAGUCUUGGUGGGGAAAUGGACCAGGCUCAUUUGUUGACUCUAUCAUAAUUCCAGACUACCCAGUCUCAAACAUCAAGAUCGUGGAAAGCAAUCUCAGAUCCCUGGCUUUGGGCUGUAGAAUUAAUCUUGCGUAUGGAGAGAGGGAGGGAACGAGAAAGGGAGGAUUGUGAAUGAACCCGUGGAGCAGUCCAGUGGCAGCAGUCUUUACAGAUCAGCAAAGAGGAGGUGAAGAGAGGAUUACAGGAAGGAUUAAAAUAAAAACUAGUCUAGACUUAAUUCAGUAACCUUGUUAAGUAUGCUCCACUAAUUCAAGAUACCUUAGAGUGAUUCUCUGUCUCGCUUGUGCUGACUCUUGMGUUUUCACGUCAUGGGUUCAGAAGCCUGAAGAAGCAAUCCAGCUAGACUCCAACCACCUCUUGACAAAGUUACCAUUCACCCACAUCACACGUAUCCCUACGCCAGGCAGUUUGACAGUACCAUCUGACUGGUGUCUGGCCUGGCUAUUGUCUCCGUGGUGAAGCCUCCGGCUGUGGAUUGCUAUGCCGGUUCCCUGUGGGUCUGUCUGGGUCACAGCAAGGGCGCUGCCACUCCGCUGAGGUUGGUCUGCCUGUCUUCCAGCCUGCCGCCCCCAUGAGCCACGCGGGCACCCUACAGAGACGCACCACCUACCUCAUCUCCCUUACCCUGGUCAAGGUCGAGGCUGUGGGGAGUGAUGGAGUUUCCAUCGGGCCCCAGCCACAACGGACCCUUGCUCUGGGGAGAGCAGGAGUGGAGGGCCCAGAGGAUGAGGAGCUGAGCAGGACCACUGAGGAUGAGGGAGGACAUGCAUGUGCCGAGGUGGAGGUAGAGGGGAACACAGAGAUGGAGGAAGAGGAGCAGGAGGACGUUAGCUUUGGGGGGCCUGUACAGGAGCGGGAGAAGCCUGUGAUGAAGGAGCGAGAGAGUCGUGGUCCAGGCUCCUCAAAAGAUGUCACGUUGGAGACUAAGAGCAAGGAGUCUCCCCUCUUACCGAAGAAUGUGAAAGACCAAGUGAAAGGACUUGCAGGGGUGUCAGAUGUCCCCUCAGUGGGAGGGCUAAGGAGAGAGGGAACCCGCCCUAAAACAGAGCUCUAUCGGGAGCCACCCAUGCUGUUUCCAAGGUGCGAGGAAGGGAUGGGCGACGCAAGCAACACCCUCUCCCGGGGYAGCAUGCCCAUCACCGUACCGCCCAGGCUCACCCAGAGACCCGAGGUCCUGAUGAGGUCACAUGCCGGGGGCGGGGCUGUAAGCCGGCGGGAGUUGAGGGAAGCCAAUCAGAGUAUGCCUCCAUCCGCCAAGAGUCUGGACCGCAAAGACAACCGCAUAGGGGACCGGUCUCCCAUGACAGCUGCUGUGGCCUCUCUGGGACCUUACCGGGCAUCCUGGGCGGACAGUGAUGGCAGGUCUACCCUCCUUCGCCAGGGAGCCCCCGUAGGGGGAGGGUUUACGGACGUGGUGACCAGGGAAAGCCCCAGAGGGGACAGGCUGAAGACAGGCUCAACGUCCCUGCCAGCCCAACCCACCCCUCAGAUAUCCAAACCGCCGAGGAAGGGCAAGAGCCGCACUCUGGACAACAGUGACCUGCACUCCCUCUCUGAGGACCUGAAGAAGGGGAAGGACAGCCAGAGUCAGGGGGGGACCACCCAGCGUCCCCCCGCCCGUGACCGCAAGAUGCUCAAGUUCAUCAGCGGGAUCUUCACAAAAAGUACGCCUGCGCCUCCCUGCUCCAACACAGCGCCCCCUAUCUACACGCCCGUUCAGAGGGGUUCUAGUGAGGAGGAAGCGGCUUGCGGAAACAGUCAAGAAUGGACCUUCAGUCGAACCGUCCAAGAGCUCCGUCUGGGGGUGUUGGGAGGUCUCCGCAGUGGGAAGUCAGCCCUGGUCCACAGACACAUGAGCGGGAGCUACCAGCCCCUGGAGAACCCAGAAGGGGGCAGGUAUAAGAAGGAGGUACUUGUUGAUGGCAACAGUCACAUUUUGCUGAUCAGGGAGGAGACAGGACCCCCGGAUGCACAGAUGGCUAGCUGGGUGGACGGGGUCAUCCUGGUCUUUAGUCUGGAGAAUGAGGCCAGUUUCCAGGAAGUGUACAGGAACUACAGCGAGCUUGGCAUCCACCGCAACAUCGCUGAGAUACCCUUCAUAGUGGUAGGAACCCAGGAUAAAAUCACCAGCACCAACCCUCGGGUGAUAGAGGAUGCCAGGGCUAGACAGCUGUGUUCAGACGUCAGGCGCUGUACCUACUACGAGACCUGCGCUACCUACGGCCUCAACGUCAACCGCGUCUUCACCGAGGCUGCCCAGAAGAUCAUGGCAGUGAAGAAGCAGGCAGCUCUACUGGCCUCCUGUAAAUCCCUGCCCAACUCCCCCAGUCACUCUGGAGGCUCUACCCCAGUGUCAGGAGUCUUCCCUGGUCAGGCCAGUAACGGUGGUCAAAGCAGUGACUACUCGUCUUCCCUGCCCUCCACCCCAGUGAUCAGUCAUAAGGAGAUCGGUGGGGCAGCAGGGGGGGAGAGGCUGGGCAGCGCCACCCCAGGGUCUGUCCGCAGUGCCCCCCGGCGACGCACCGGCUCCCGCUUCACGGGCCGUAGGGGCAGUGACUCGGAGAGGAGGAGUACAGACGGUAAGAUAGGAGACCUGGGUAGUGGACGCUCCAUCCCCAUCAAACAGAGCAUCCUGCUGAAGCGCAGUGGGAACUCCCUCAACAAGGAAUGGAAGAAGAAAUACGUCACGCUGUCCAACAACGGCAUGCUCUCUUAUCACUCCAGCGUCAACGACUACAUGCAGAAUGUCCAUGGGAAAGAGAUGGACCUGCUGAGGGUGACUGUGAAGGUGCCAGGGAAACGCCCGCCCCGUGCUGGUGCCGUCCCUUCCUGUGGCCCUCCGCCCGGCCUCAACGGCCUGGUCAAAGACGUCCAGGGGCCUGAGGGGGCCAGUGCGGACUCUGCCAUCGGGGGGGUGUCCAGACCCUCCUCCUAUAAAGAUACAGGCCCAGCCUCCCCAAUGGUUGACAGGAAGAAGCAUCGCAGGAAGAAGAGCAUGAACCAGAAAGGAGACGUAGCCAUUGGCCAAGCAGAUGCAAAGCGCAAAAUGUGGAAACUAAAAAGCUUUGGUAGCUUAAGAAACAUAAACAAGACAGACGAGGAUAACUUUGACUUUCUGAUCGUGUCGAGCACGGGCCAGACUUGGCACUUCGAGGCCCAGAGUGUGGAGGAGAGGGACUCCUGGGUAACGGCCAUCGAGAGCCAGAUCCUGGCCAGCCUGCAGCUGUGUGAGAGCAGCAAGAACAAGGCUCGUAAGAACAGCCAGAGUGAAGCUGUGGCACUGCAGGCUAUCCGUAACGCCAAGGGCAACAGUCUCUGUGUGGACUGUGAAGCACCUAACCCAACAUGGGCCAGUCUGAACCUGGGGGCUCUGAUCUGCAUUGAGUGUUCAGGAAUCCACAGGAACCUGGGCACCCACCUGUCCCGUGUCCGCUCUCUGGACCUGGACGACCUGCCCAGAGAACUCACCCUGGUGCUGGGUGCCAUCGGCAACCACCUGGCCAACAGCAUCUGGGAGGGACGUACGCUGGGCCGCCGAAAACCCACGCCCGACGCCACCCGAGAGGAGCGGGAGUCAUGGAUCCGGGCCAAGUACGAGCAGAGGUUGUUUGUGGCUCCGCUGGCCCUGCCCUCCCCCGGUCAGGGGUUAGAGGUCAACACGCUGUCAGCCAGUCUGCUGGCGGCCGUGAUGGAGAGGGACCUCCCCCGCCUGCUCCUUCUCCUGGCCCAUAGCACCAAGGAUGACAUCAAUGCCCCCCUUCCCCAAGGGGGUCACCUCUCUCCACCCCCYCCUGCUGCCUCCCCUAGCCCUCCCCUGGAGGGCUCCCUCCGGCCGCCUUGCUCCGCGCUGCACGCCGCCUGCCAGCUCGCCGACGUGGUCAUGACCCAGCUGCUCGUCUGGUAUGGCAGUGAUGUGAGGUGUCGGGACGCCCAGGGGCAGACGGCCGUCACGUUGGCACGUUAUGCUGGCAGUCAGGAGUGUGCCGACAUCCUCCUGCAGUAUGGCUGCCCCAACGAGCCCGCCCCUUCGGUUGCCACAACACSGAGCCUCUCGGUCGCCACGACACCCAGCCUUUCCCGCAAGAGCAGCGCCGGCAGCCUCAGCCGCAGCAGCUCCAGAAGAGCAGUGUCUUAAUGUGAAGGGGGUUAGAAAACGUGUGUGUGUGUGUAAGAGAGUAAGAGAGAGGGUGUGUGUGUGUAAGAGAGAGGGGGGAUAUGUGUGUGGGUG